AUGCCUGGGAUUCUGCCCAUGAAAGUGAUCAAAGUCGGCACAAGCUGUCAGUCUCGCAUCGCCCAAGCGUGCGACCGAUGUCGCUCCAAAAAGAUACGUUGCGAUGGCAUACGCCCCAGCUGCACGCAAUGCACCAAUGUCGGCUUUGAGUGCAAGACCAGCGACAAACUCAGCCGUCGCGCUUUCCCCAGAGGAUAUACCGAGUCGCUUGAAGAGCGCGUGCGGGUCCUGGAAGCAGAAGUGCGCGAGUUGAAGGAAUUACUAGACGAGAAAGAUGAGAAGAUCGACAUGCUUUCGCGCAUGCACUCGCAUUCUUCAACAGCACACGCAAACAUCAGGCGACCGUCUUUGCAUUCACCCGUCCUCUCAGAAAAUCGCGAGGAAUCGCAAGAGAGGGAUGACACGUUCAAGGUCCAACAGGCACCACUCCUGCUCGACGACGCCAACAACGAUUCGUAUUUUGUUGGUAGUUCGAGUGGACGGACACUUGUUGAGGCUUUCAAGCAAAAGGCACAAGAAACAGGAAGACUGUUCACUGACAUUGACUCGGACGCAUUCUUCGGCGCAGGUGCCAAAAGAACUGCACCGGAUACUUCCACGCACACUGUCUCGUUCAAGGCUCCUCCUCGUCUCGUCUCGGACCAAAUGGUCAACAUCUUCUUCCAAGAAUGGGCGCCUUUGUUCCCAAUCCUUCAUCGCCCGACCUUUCUCUCCCUGUACGAGCAGUAUGUGGGCAGCCCUGAAACUACGACCGACAAAAAAUCCAUUGCUAUGCUCAACCUGGUUUUUGGGAUUUCGGCGCUCUCAAGUGACCCUCGUGAUGGUCAAGACGUUGACUCUUUUGAGGCCCAGUGGCAGAGCGCUGUGGAGAGCUUCAUGAUGCAGAAUGACGUCGCAACCUUGCAAUGCCUUGUCCUUGCCCAGAUUUUCUGUCUGCUCAAGGCCGACUAUUCUCGGCUGCUCAAGUUUAAAGGCCUCUCUAUUGGUCUGUCGCAACGUCUUGGCUUGCACCAAUCCCAGAAGCGUUUCGCCCUGGAUGCAUUGACAAGCGAGACUAGAAAGAAGGUGUUCUGGUCUCUGUACACUGUUGACUGUCUCUCUGCUGCCCAUCUCGGACUGCCCAAGCUCAUCAGAGAAGAGGAUGUGCAUUGCGAGUACCCGGUUGAUGCUGACGACGAGUACAUCACCGAGAAAGGAUUCUUGCCGACCCUUCCGGGCGAGUACACUAAGCUGUCAAGUGCCCUGGCACUCUUUCGCAUAACGCGCGUUCUGUCCAAGGCCCUCACCAAGCUUUAUCCAGCGUCGGCCUCACACGAGAUCUCUUUCCGUACUGUCGCAUCGCUUAUCGAUGAGCUUGAAGACUGGCAGACCAACCUUGCGCCCCACCUCAAGCUGACUUUCGCGCAAGACAAGCCAAGUACCAAUGUGACUAGCAGCAGAUCCCCUGUUCUGUCACUGGCAUCUCACCAUAUCCGUUCGCUCAUCUACCGCCCAGUAGUCGCUGCCAACCUUGGCGACAAGGGUUCGUCGGCCGUAGUAGCCGUCGGUGAUUCCUGCAAACACAUUGUGCAGCUUGUUGAGCUCUUGGACGAACGCAAGCUUAGCUUCUCGUUCUGUCUCAACCGUAAUGAAGUUCUUGUGCAGGCUGGAUUCGGCCUUCUAUUCCAGACCCUCGACCUCGACCGCGAUGGCAAACUCAUCAAGGAUAGCAAUCGUCUCAUCUGCACGGUUAUGGAUAUGCUUGAACGCGGCAACGCUACUGGUUUUGAUGAGUUUCGUCGCCUGGGUUGCAGUAUCGUAGCUGUUCCCCGAAUGGAGGAGAUGCCUGCACCUCCCCUUUCGCGUCACAAUUCCGAGGGCCACAUGCACGCGCCGUUGGACACAUUUCGUGCCACGCAAAAGUCUCUCAAGGCCAUCGCUGCGCGCUUCUCUCCAGCUGCUAUGAAAGCACGUCAAGAAUCACAGGAACCACGUCGCGCGACCCUCCCUGCCAUCUCACCUAACAUGGGUCUGCACACCAAUCCAUCAUCGACGAGUCUUUCGUCGAUACGAUCGGAACCACCUGUUGCUCGCUCAGAACCAACAUUGAGUCCGCUGUCGCACCGUGCAUCAUUCUCCAUACCAAAUCCGCACCGAUUAAGCCAGCCACCAAGCCAGCCUCAGCAUCGCAACAUUGACUUUCUCUCCUUUGCCAACGAUCCUCUUGGUAGUUACGCUCUGCAAGCCACACCGGGUGUCAAGUCAGAGGUUUCGAUAUCGGAUUGGGAGAGAUUACUGUCCUCGCUUGACAAUGGCCAGACAAACAUUUACGACACAAUCUACGGUGGUCCACCUGCUGAUGCGUUGCUUGAUGUCGCUGGUCACUCUACCACUACUGAGUCGAAUGCCACCUGGUCGCCAAAUGCAUGGAACUGGGGAAACUACAGCGAGCAAGCGCCCCCACCACAAAGCGUAUUGAGCUUUACAGAUGAAAGCCUGGCUAGCGGUGAAGAAUUCAGCAGUGGAAAUUGCGAUUAUGGCUCGACUCCUGGAAGUGAUCGGUUAUACCCAGGCAUUAUGAUCCCAGGCGACUACGAUGCUGCAACUGCCGGGUUGAAUAGGCUAGAUGGUAAUUUUGGAUUGUAA